AUGUCAGGCGCGACAGGUCUCAAAGGCUCUAUCUGGGCGACGGGAGGUCGUUCUCGCCUUCAAAACUCUGUUCCCUCAGCACGCGCCUCGUCGCAACCUUCAUCGCGACCAACGCCCCCGCCACCAUCUGCCUCAGCACCUUUACCAAGCUCUGUUUCAACUCCAGCGCCCUUAUCUGACUCAAUUUCACCACCAGCGCCCUUGAAGGGCUCGAUUUCAGCCACGACACCUUUGCCGAGCUCAAUUCCAAGUUCGACACGCUUAACAUCGUCACAAGCUUUCCAUCGCUUUGAACAGGCCUGCCAGAGGCUGCGAUGGAGAUUCGUUGAUCUGAAGAACUCGUACGAGCGUGCACUGCAUCCGGAAAAGUUUGGAUUCACGGUGGGCGACGCUGAGAGGAACUUCAAGGUGGACUUUCAUGAGUUCUACGUGUGGAUUGAGCAAGCGAUCGUCCUUCUCCUCCUCGUCUUCGAUAUUGAAAUUCCGCAUCAAAGGUUUGCCGGCGGAAGGAAACAGCAGCACCGAUAUCACGAGGAAGUUAUCAACGCCUUGGAAGAGGUGUCUUGUCCCCUAUACAAGGCACUAGGAAGUGGAGAAGUGAACAUGGCGCUACGGAAAGCUAAAGAGCUGAGGAAUAGGUGGAAGGAUGCUGGCGAAGGGAAAGAGACGCCACCUCUCAAGAUGUAUGACCUAACCUGGCUCGUGGGACAGAUCCUGGCUGGUUUGGAAGUUGGCUACAGUAUUGGUGCUAAAAAGGUUGAGAAGGACAACCAGGGGCGGUCGUGGGCUGAUGACUAUGAUGAUGAGAUGGGCAUGGCUGUGGAUGAUGAAUGGGAUUGGAUGGUUGAUCCUAUGGAAUGGGAGAGUGUAAGCUAG